UGUACAAUAGGUUGUUGUGUCAUAGAAUAGAUCACGUGUCUACUUUACCAUACAAGCAAGAAAACCUCUGUUCUUGAUCUUGCUGGCCGGCUCAAUUCACUCAGGAAGGCUGCUUUAAGGAGUACGUGCAAGACAGACUAUAUUAAAAGAUAUUCCCUUGAGGAUGGCCAUGGAAGGGUUGGAGUCCAUCCCCCACAUCAGUGAGAGAAUUAAGAGCGAUAAACUACCCGUCAAGUACGAGUACAAACGUCCCGUUUUCCUCGAGAUAUCGCAACAAGAAGCCGAUCAAUCGACGGAUCACGGCCUACGAAUUAUCCUCACCCCCCACAAUGUUUUACAAAUGCCGUGGCACUCGGGGUACGCUGAAACGAUAAAUUCUGGGAAAAGUCUUUACUCUAAUGAGGAUCAAGCUGCGAUGCACGUCACACAUCUUACUUUUCACGACACGGACAAAGACCAGGCUAUGACAAUCCCGUAUGUUUUCUUUGGGAUAUUUGACGGUCAUGCUGGUACCGGUGCUGCUCUGACAACGGCUAACACGAUUCAUUGUCACAUCAAGGACAGGCUCACUGCAAUCCGCCACUUUCUUGCGCGUGAAACAGCCAAUGUGGUAGCUGAAGACGACCCUGGACUAGGGUUUAUUACAGAGGCUAUACCAACUGAAUCUUUGGUAAUCGGUGCUAUGGAAGAGGCUUUUACGGAGAUGGAUGAUCAAAUACGACGGGAGAGAGAGACGUAUCGUAUCAAAGGAGGUUGUACGGCCAUUGUUGCUCUGUAUCUACAGAGUAAGCUCUAUGUAGCAAACGCUGGAGAUUGUCGGUGUAUUUUAUUGACGGAAAAUUGCACCAAGAUAACGGAGCUAUCAAUGGAUUUCACACCGGAGACAGAUAGAAAACGACUUCAAACUUUGGGCUACCUACAACCACAGCUCCUUGGCAAGUAUUUUGGUCGAAUUGAGUACCAGCGACGAUUGAGAAAGAAGGAUAUUGGUCAGCGAGUGUUGUACCGAGAUCGUCACAUGGCUGGGUGGGGCUAUCGCACAGUUUCAGAGGACGACGUCAAUCGUGUUCCCAUGAUUAUUGGCCAUGGUAAACGAGCUCGACUCAUGGCUACUAUUGGGACCACUAGAGGAUUUGGAGACCAUGAUUUGGAGGCUCCUGGAGGACAGUGGAUUAAACCAUUUCUAACCCCGGUGCCAGAAGUUCGAGUGCAUGAUUUGUCCGAGCAUGACUACAAACCAAAUGAUGUAAUGAUAUUAGCUUCCGACGGUCUUUGGGAGCGAAUCACAAACGAAGAAGCUCAGGAAAUUGCACAAGAGACGCUCGAAAAACAUCCGAUAGAUGAGAAGAUUUACACGAACAUUGCACACGGUCUCAUCCACGCUGCUAGGGGCACAAUUGGCAAGAAGGGGUGGCGAACAAAGAAGGAUCAAAUCGCCAGUGGUGACGACAUAACUGUUUUCGUAGUCCCGUUGAACUGUCAUAGAACAGUACCGGAAUCUGGUUGCCUAGGAGAGAUGUACGACAAUCCGUUAGAGUCGAACCCCAUCACUUACGCGUCUGGGUCAGUGGAGGAGAGUGUUUCUAAGCAGUAGGAUAAUUCACUGGUUUAGUAUUUUUGUAUACAGGUGUAUGUUUGAGUUGAGUUGUGUAUAUUGUAUAUUAAUUUGGUUAAUUGUGUAUACUUG